AUGUCGUCCUUCUUCGCCAAGCAACAGCAGGUCGCCGCCCUGGAUCCUCGCCUCGGCGGCCUCAUGGCCUCUGCUGGGCUUUACAAUCUCAAAGCACUGAUCAAGGUGAGUGAGACACUCUGAAAUUUUGUCUCCGCCACUUUUGCUUCGUUCAAGCCACUCACGAUGCGUGCCCACUGUUCGCAGGCCAUACGAGCCUGCAAGACUCAAGCCGACGAGCGAGCGCUGAUCCAAAAGGAGUCUGCUCAGAUCCGAUCCUCUUUCAAGCAAGCCGAUCCGUUUGCUCUUCACAACAACAUUGCUAAACUGCUCUAUAUCCACAUGCUGGGCUACCCAGCUCACUUUGGUCAGAUAGAGUGUCUCAAGUUGGUAGCUACGCCCAGGUUCACCGAUAAGCGUUUGGGAUACCUGGGCAUCAUGCUGCUGCUCGACGAGAACACCGAGGUGCUCACGCUUGUCACGAAUGGUCUGAAGAAGUGAGUAGCAUGCGCUCGUGCCUUUGUUAACGGGGCCCUUCGAUGACGCAAGCGACCCACAUGUGCUGACCCCAUGUCUUGCGCCUGGCAAUUCUUGCAGCGACAUGGAGCACACCAACAUGUAUGUGGUCGGUCUGGCUCUUUGCACCUUCGCCAACAUCGCAUCGGAGGAAAUGUCUCGAGACCUCUCAGAUGAAGUCAACAGGCUGAUGGGCAGCACCAACACCUACAUCCGCCGGAAAGCUGCUCUCUGCGCGAUGAGGAUUGUUCGCAAGGUGCCCGAUCUGCUGGGUAACUUUACCGGGAGAGCCAGACAAUUUUUGUCCGACAAGAAUCAUGGUGUCUUGCUAUGCGGGGUCACCCUGGCCAUCGAAAUUUGUACGCAGGACGAAGAGGCUCUGGCAGAGUUCCGUUCGGUGAGUGCAUCGUCCUGGCACCUCCACUGCAUUGCGCAUACAUUUACCCUCGCAUCUAAUUCUUUGAGCACAGACUGUGCCGCUACUGGUCAGGCAUCUCAAAGCCUUGGUGACCACUGGCUACUCACCCGAGCACGACGUCAGCGGCAUCACCGAUCCAUUCCUGCAAUGCAAAAUUCUACGUCUUCUUCGGCUGCUUGGCAAGGGGGACGCCGCGGCCAGCGAAGCAAUGAACGACGUCCUCGCCCAGGUAGCUACCAACACCGAAGCGUCCAAGAAUGUCGGCAACUCCAUCCUCUACGAGACUGUCCUGACUGUGCUGGAAAUUGAAGCGGAGAAUGGGCUACGGGUCAUGGCAAUCAACAUUCUUGGAAAGUUCUUGAGCAAUCGGGACAACAACAUCAGGUGCGUGUAUGCGCGCCCUUCACUGCUGCUCGGCUUGGCGUCUGAGCAUCCUCUCUGUCUGCAUAGAUAUGUGGCGCUCAACACUUUGAACAAGGUCGUGUCGAUGGAUACAAACGCAGUCCAGAGGCAUCGCAACAUCAUCCUAGACUGUCUGCGCGAUGGUGACAUCUCCAUCAGGCGGCGGGCACUUGAGCUAUCCUAUGCACUGAUCAACGAAGCUAACGUGCGCGUACUGACACGGGAGCUCUUGGCAUUCUUGGAAGUAGCGGACAACGAAUUCAAGCUUGGCUUGACCACUCAAAUUUGCCUUGCUGCCGAGAGGUUUGCGCCCAAUCGGCGUUGGCACAUCGACACAGUCCUGCGGGUCCUCAAACUUGCAGGCAAUUACGUUCGCGAAGAGGUCCUCUCCUCUUUCAUUCGCCUCGUCUGCCAUACCCCCGAAUUGCACGGAUACACAGCUCAGAAACUUUUCACGGCGCUACACGCAGAUUUCUCUCAAGAGAGUCUGACUUUGGCUGCGGUCUGGGUCAUUGGGGAGUUUGGAGAGAGCCUAUUGCAGGGAGGCACAUUUGACGAGGAGGAGGCGCCCAGAGAGGUGAGUUCCCUUCAAUUUUAGACCCCAAAUCAUGACCUGGCGCCCCUGCUCACCGGUAACGCACCACCAAUCCCGGCGAUUGAAGCUCAAAGCAAAAGAUGUCCUCGACCUGAUCACGUCUGUGCUCGACUCGCCAUACGCAAAUUCGCAUAUUCGGCAGUGGGUGCUGACCUCUUUGGCCAAACUCACCACGAGGGUCUCAGACGCACAGCAGCAGGCUCGCGUGGAGAGCAUCCUGGCUAAUCACAACACUAGCGUAGAGGUUGAGAUACAACAGCGUGCGGUGGAGUUUAACGCUCUCUUGCGAAGGCAGGACAUCAGGGGUGGCGUGCUGGAACCGAUGCCACCUCCCGAGAUACGCGCUACGGUGGUAGGCACGGUCAGCGAAAAGCGCGCAGUUGGUAGCACAAGGACGGACAAGGAUGCAUUGCUGGAUCUUAUGGGCGACGAGAUGCCUGCUGGAGCACCGACAUCUGCUGCACAUCAGACCACUGCCGCACCUCAACAGAGCGCGCAAGAUUUACUGGCGGACAUCUUCGGAGGGUUGGGAACGGACAACGGAGCUGCAGCGACUACAGCAGCUGCUUCACCUGUGCAACAAGCUAGCUCCAAGAGCUCCAUCAACGACAUCAUGGGUCUGUUUGGAGACUCACCAGCUGCCCCUUCACGCCCGGCGCCCUCUUCGAACGGUUUCGGCGGAUUGGGCGGGGCGUCCAGUCCUCCACCUGGUGGUGCCGUGGCAAAUGACGGCUUGGCGGGACUGGACAUAUUCGGCUCUUCAGGCGGAAGUGGACUAUCUGGCCCGUCUCCCUCUACUCAGCCCAUGCAGCAAUCAAGGCCAGCGGCUGCCUCUCCCCCUCCCGCUAUGUCCGCGCCUGCACCAUCUGCGACGAAAGCCUACACAGCUUACGAUCAGAAUGGGUUGAGAAUUACCCUCACCCCGGCCGUCAACCCCGCUAGAAAAGAUAUCGUCAACAUCACUGCUCGAUUCGAAGCUUUAGGCGGUGAGGUAGAAGGCGUCAACUUCCAGGCGGCCGUUCCGAAGGUGAGUACGAUGCGGUUCAGGGUCAAGUCAUGGAGCGUUGUGACUGAUUGAGCUUGCUACUUCCUCUCCUCACAGUCACAAAAGCUGCAGAUGCUCGCGAUCAGCAACAGCACGGUAGCGCCUGGCAAGAUGGAAACACAGCAGCUUCGAGUCAUGACACCAGUGGGGGUAAGUUGCGCAGCUCAGAGUGUCUCGCAGCUCGAGGUUCGCUAACGCCGCUUCCACCCAAUCUCUUCUGUCCACCCAGGCACAGGUCCGAUUGAGACUCAGAGUAGGCUUCUCGAAAGCUGGACAGCAAGUUCAAGAUCAGGUCGAUUUUUCAGGUUUUCCUGCAGAUCUUACCUCCGCCUGA